CAAAAUGACGGCCGAAGGACUAUCUGAAUCCCUAUAUUGUUACGAUGAAUCUAACAUGUACCAUCGUAUAAAAAGCAAUUGUUCUCUGCUGGAUGACAUCGUUAAUGAGUGGAUCCAGACGUACAAACUUCACAAAAAAGACGCCUACCUAACAUUAAUUCAGCUUUUUAUAAAUUCGAGUGGUUGCAAAGGUCGUAUAAUUUUUGAAUUACAAACAAGAGAGAUGAUUCAUAAGUUAGCCAAGGAACUCGAUUGGCAAACCGGAAAAUAUCCAAUAAUAAUGACUGGUCAAGAGUGGAAAGAGUUUAGGGCAAAUUUCUGUAAUUUUUUACAAGUUUUGAUUCGACAAUGCAAUAAGAAUUUUAUAAUUGACGACAAUUAUCUUUUGGACAAUCUGAUUCUCUUUUUAAUUGCUCUCUCCGAAUCUGAAGAAAAUGCUUUUAGACACACAUCGACUCUCGCAGCUGUGAAAAUCAUGUCAGCUUUGGUGGAUAUUGCUUCAAGUUUAGAUGUGAACCAGGACGAGUACCUUGAAAAAAUAGAGAAUAUGCUCUUCAGAAUGUUCAAAAUGAUUUAUUUACAGAGGUUCGAUGACACACUUUCAGAAAUUCGAGCCUUGUGUUUGGAAGAAAUAUUAAUUUGGAUCGAAAAAAUCCACCAGUUCGUACUCGACGAUAAAUACCUGAAAUUCAUCGAAUCGGCUUUGGUAGAAAAAGAAGCAGAAACUAGAAUAAAGUGCCUCCGAGCUCUACAAGCUGUUUACCGUGAAAAAUAUUUGAAUCCAAACUUGGAGAAAUUUAUUUCUAAAUUUAAGACACAAAUAGUCGUACUGACUCUGUCUAAUGAGAAUCUUGUAGCAGUUGAGGCGGUGGAGCUCGCUUUAAAAAUUGCAAAGCAUCAGCCAAAUGUACUCACAAGCAGCGAUAGAAACCCAAUUUAUGAUCUCGUCUUUGAAUCUAAUCAAGCACUUGCUCGAGCGGCAGGAAAAUUUUUAAACGAGCAUUUAUAUUCUUUUAAAAUUUUAGCUUUUUUCUGUACCGAUAUUCGGAAAGAUGGAGCUUUUUUAGUGGAUUCUCUGAUAGAUACGAGCUUGAUGAUGAAAGACUGGAAAUCAAUGACGGAUUUAUUGCUUCUUGAGGAGAUGAUUCCUGACGAAAAUUCUUUAACCGAAGAGGAAAAGUCUUGUCUCAUUUACUUGAUGGUUUGCAGUAUAAAACAAACUGCUACUGGAAAAGCUCCUAUAGGUCGAGAAUCUACAUGUAAAGUUUUUUCAGCAACAGAAAUUCAGAAAAUUGAGAAAGAGAAAAAGGAAAUAAGUGAAUAUUUCAGUCAAACUUUACCUUUCUUGCUCGAUAAAUAUAGUGCAGAGUCUGAUAAACUGGAGGAUUUGAUUGCAAUUCCACAGUAUUUCGACUUGGACAUCUACAAUUCCAGCAAAUUAAAAAAUUUGGAUUCCUUGUUAAACAAGAUUCAAAUUGUGGUGGAGAAUUCUGAUUCUUAUAAAUUUCUGGAUACAGCAGCGGAAACUUUGCAAUAUAUGUGUACUAGUCGAGAAUUAUUCACCAGGUGUGAUAUUGUUUGCUCGAGGCUUAUUGAUGCGAUUGUUAAAUAUUAUGUUAAAUACUACGAUGACUUAUAUGCAAAAAUGAAUAAAGGUACCCUGGAAAAAGCUUGGAAAAUGGACCAAAUUAAAUGUGCUCUGUCGAUGCAACGAAGUUUACAAGUAAAGUUUGAAAGUGAAAUUAUUUCUGAAAAGGGCAAGUUGGUUAAGAAAAGCCAAGAAUUUACUGCAGUCAAGGAACUAGCUAAUGAGUUUGCUUCAUUUUUCGAUGUCGAUGCAGCAGAUAAUCGGAAAGCGAUCGUAGCUCUACAUAAAUGCGGAAUAAAUUUUGCAAUGAAGUUUCCUGGCGGUCUUAAAGAAAAAUCAGUACCGAAUAUUUUUUUCCUCGAAAUCCUCUCAGAGUUUACGAAUAAGCUUUUGAAAGAAGACAAACGUUUCAUUUUAAAGUUCCUCGAUAAUCAUCUUGAAGCUAAAAUGGUGUCUUUAAAAAAUGAAGAUUGCCAACUAUUAAAAUCCUAUAGAAACAUGUUAUUGAAAAGUUGUUUUUGUUUUUCUAGUCGUAAAAUGUUUAUUUUUUAUUUUCUUUCAGUAAGUUCCGCUCUUUUUUAUUAUUAUUACCAAUAAGGUACAGGAGACAAUAUUGACCGGUCUGAAAAAAGAGGUUUUUAACAUUUUUUGUGGUAAAUAAUCGGAUAUAUUUUAAUCUGUAAAAAAGCUAUUUGUACUUUUAUUUUUCUAAUAUUCGACUUGAAAUUGUUGCCGGUUUUGUUUUUGUUUUUAAUAUAUCUAUUGGUAAUUUUCUUUUAUGUUAAUAUAUAUAUAUU